AUCGCCAAAUAUGGCUUUCAACAACCCUUACAUCGUUGCAUUUUUCAUCCAAAUCACCUACGCCGGUAUGAGCCUCAUGUCCAAGGCCGCCUUCGCCUCCGGUAUGAACACGUAUAUCUUCCUAUUUUAUCGUCAAGCUGCUGGUACUCUUGUUUUGGUCCCGCUUACUCUACUCUUAAAAGGGAAGGAGAAGAGACCGUUGUCUUUGAAGCAUUUGUGCCAGAUUUUCGUCAUUUCAUUGAUAGGGAUCACUCUAGCAUUGGAUGCAUAUGGAGUAGCGAUUAACUAUACGUCUGCAACAUUGGGCGCCGCAGCUUUCAAUUGCGUUCCUGUCACCACAUUCUUCUUCGCACUCAUACUAAGAAUGGAGAAGGUGAAGCUAAAUAAAGCAGCCGGGAUAGCAAAGGUGGUGGGCAUAAUGAUAUGCAUGGCGGGCGCCGCCAUUCUAGCUUUCUACAAAGGCCCUUAUUUGAGCCCAAUUUUGAGCCACCACCAACUAUUCCACCACGUCCAAACCCAAACCCACCACCCUCCCACCUCCCAAAACACAUGGAUGAUCGGCUGCUUCUUCCUCCUCGUCACCAGCGUCUCUUGGGGGAUCUGGUUCGUUCUCCAGGCUCGAUUCUUGAAGGAGUACCCGCACCCGAUGGAGUUCAUGUGCGCGCAGACCGUGAUGAGCACGGCUCAGACCUUCUUCGUAGCCAUCGCCAUGGAAAGAGACCCUUUGGAGUGGAAAUUGGGCUGGAAUGUUCGACUCUACGCUGUGCUGUAUUGUGGCGUUCUGGUUAUUGGCGUUGCAAAUAAUGCGCAAUGUUGGGUCAUCCGAGAGAAGGGUCCAGUUUUUCAAGCCAUGACGACGCCGUUGAACUUAAUGGCUACAAUAAUUGGUUCCCUAUUGCUACUUUCCGAAGGAAUUUACGUGGGAAGUAUAAUUGGAGCAUCGUUGCUGGUAAUGAGUCUUUACAGUGUUUUGUGGGGUAAAAGCAAGGAGCUUGUCACUGCUCCAAACGACCAACAACCGUCUCCACCACUAAAACAGGCUGAUGAGCCGACAUGUCGGUCUGAAGUCAACUCCACGUUAGUCUAAGCAAAAGCUGUGAUGAACUUGUUCGUGAUAUUUAAUUUCUUCUCUAAAAUUGUAUUUUGGUUACUAAAUGCAAUACAAUUCUCCUAUCAAUUUCAAUAUUA